CAUUAUCUAGUACUAUCUACCCAUACACUAGAGUAUAGACUAAGGAGCAAAGAAAAGCUUCAUCCAUCCCCUCCUUUUUUCCUCCAUUUCUCUGAUCUUCUUUACUCAUAAAUAAUACUACAGUAUAUAACUAUAUAUAGAUGGCUGAUCUUUCUCCGCCUGAAACCUCCUCCGACGACAUAUCUUCUCUGUUGCACAACCUUCUCCACAGUUCAUCUCAACCCUCCACCUCCACCACCACCACCACCAACCACCACCAACCACCACCAACUCCGCCUGAUAACAGCCGGCAAUUUCCCGGAUCUGCUCUUAUUUCUGAAGUGUCCACCUUACUUGACCCCAAUUUCCAUUUUGCUGGUGCCUACUAUAGCUCUUCUCUUUCCAUGGAAACCAUCCAUGAUGCCGACUGCCAAAGCGAGGACGAAACGCGUGUGAAGUCAGCCUCCGGUAGAAGCUCAUCGAAGCGUACUAGAGCAGCUGAGGUCCAUAAUAUGUCGGAAAAGAGAAGGCGGCAGAGGAUUAAUGAGAAAAUGAAAGCACUACAGAAAUUGAUUCCCAACUCCAGUAAGACAGAUAAGGCUUCAAUGUUGGAUGAGGCCAUCGAUUAUUUAAAACAGCUUCAGCUACAGGUCCAGAUGCUAACCAUGAGAAAUGGUUCAAGUGCGGUUCCCUUUAACUUAACAGGAGCGAUACAGCCGCCAUCUGCAGGACCACUUGAUGAGGCCAACUCUAGUAAAGUAGGCUCCUUCGCAGCAGAUCAAGAAGCUUCCAUGGAGGCCACAUUUAAUCUUUCCAGCAAACCUGCUUUUUCCGACUACAGGCUCAUGAUGACCAAAUUGUCGGAGAACAACUCAGGGCAGGCAUAUGUUCCAGAACCAUCUAUGACUGUACAUUAUAAGCCUUUUAGUGCCUCCAUGUCCUCUAAGGCACGCUGCAAAGAUACGAGCUACUGUGGUCAGAGUUCAUCUUCAGGUGUCUCCUCUUGAAUAUGCAGAUGGUUACCAUGACAGCAUCUUGCUGAUAUUGUUGUAUAACAAUACACAUAGAUUGCAUUCACGCAGAUGAUAUAGAAACUCUAGAAUAAUUAAUUUGUUCUGACAGUUCUUGAAACUUAAUUUGUUGGUAGUAAAAAAGCGAAUUAUUGAGAACUCGGUGUUUAGAUGUAGUUUUUAUCCUUGUCAAACGUAGAAAGCUAAAACCAUAUGCCUCUGUUAGGAAAAUUGUUUUCGUUCUAAACCCGCCCGUUCGGUACAAGGAUACAGUAGACUAGUAGAGGCAAUAAAGUUGUAUUACUUUUACUGUUUAGAUCGUUAGGUUGUCAUGAAUGGUGGUAAUGAUAUUGUAGUGUAAUACUUUUUUUUUGA